AUGCAGAGUAAUCAAGGAGACACAUCUAAUAACAAUUCAGGUUUUUCUCUAGGCGGUACCGGUGGUACAGGUGGAAACAAUGUAUUUUCUGGGUUCGGCAAUACAAAUACUGGCGUUAAUUCAUCAUCUCCAUUUACGUUCGGCGCAAAUAAGCCAGCAGGUGAUUCUUCUUCUACUCCAACUUUUGGCGGGUUUGGUAGUUCAAAAACUACCACCGCAACAGAUGGUGCACCAAAAUUUGGAGGCUUUGGCUCAAAUAAUGCAGAAGCAAAAGAAAAACCAACCUUUGGAUUUGGAAAUAUAGCUACAAAUCUUGGAUCGAAAGAAAAAACAGGAGAUUUCAAGCCAGCCUUGAGCUUUGGAACCACUACGGACUCAAGUAAUAGCGGAAAGCCAGCAGGAGAUAAUCAAGGGACGUUUUCUUUUGGAUUGAUGUCUACAAUGGUGUCUAAUAACGAAAAAAAAGAGAGCCCGAAACCUGUGUUUGGUAAUACCGAAUCUUCCAUAUCAAAACCAGCAUUCUCUUUUGGCUCAAUGAACGUGAGUUCGGAUAAGGAAAAGCCUGCAACUUCGGCGUUCUCCUUUGGUACACCAAUAACAGAGAAAAAGGAUGAGACCACGAAACCGGCGUUUUCUUUUGGCAAUUCUAGUUCGACCUUCACAAAUAAAGAGGAAGCUGCGAAACCAUCAUUUUCAUUUGGUGGAGUGAGUUCCACUUCUGAAAAAAAGGAAGAGCCAUCUAAACCUUCUUUCUCUUUUGGAUCUUCUGCUACUAAAGUUGAGAAAAUAGAUGAACCUGCAAAACCCGCAUUUUCUUUUGGCAGUUCUAGUACUCCUAUAGAGAAGAAGAAUGAGCCAGUCAAUGCCACAAUAUCUUUUGGUUCCAGUCAAACUACAGCAGAAAAGAGCGAUGCAACUAAGCCUGCUUUCUCGUUUGGUGCAGAAAAGAAGGAGGAACAAAGUAAUUUGGCGUUCUCGUUUGGUACAUCCGGUUCUUCGGAGAAAACUGAGAAAUCGAAACCAGCAUUUUCUUUUGGAUCUUCGACUACGCAAAGCACUAUGUCAGAGCAGCCCAAAUUAUCUUUUUCAAUUGGAACGGAACAAAAUAGCGAGGCCUCAAAGCCAGCAUUUUCAUUUGCUGCUACUAGUUCGACACCUACAGAACAAAAGGCUGCGCCUGCAAAACAAGGUUUUUCAUUUGGAGCUUCGAGCACAAAAGCUGACAAAAAAGACGAUGCGGCUAAACCAUCUUUCAACUUUGCUGAUAGCUCCUCUAAGACAGAUAAGCCUGUGGGAUUUUCUUUUGGUACUUCAGCAGAGAAGAAAGAAUCUACAACAAAAUUUGAGACAUCUUCUGCAGGUAACAAAGAUACUAAGCGUACAUUCUCUUUUGAAGCUAACAAUAGCUUGAAAUCACCAGCUGCUGGCAAUUCUAACCUAGGUAUUGCAAAAGAUGAUAAGAAAUCCGAAGAAGCUUCAAAACCAUCGUUCUCUUUCGGUGCUAAAAAAACGAAUGAUGGUAACGAUCCUUCUAAUAAACAAACCCCUACUGCACCAUCUGUUCCCUCAGUAUCUUUGGGUCAACCAUCAGAUAGCAAUGCAGCAUCGAGAGCGACUUCGACUAAAGUUGUCGAGCUUCAACCUAUUUCUCUAGAUAAUAAGACCCUAGAUGACUUGGUAACAAAGUGGACUACUCAAUUAACGGGCUCUGCUGAGCAUUUUGAAUCUUAUUCUAAAAAGAUCAACGAAUGGGACCAAGUUUUAGUACAAGGUGGGGAACAAAUCAGUCAGCUUUACUCAGAUACACUAGUAGCGGAACAAACUCAAUCUAGGGUGGAUCAGCAUUUACAAUAUAUUGAAAGGCAACAGAUCGAAUUAGAGAAUUUCUUGGAUAACUACGAGAAAAAGGCUGAAACGCUCCUUUCUGAGAUUCUUUCAUCGAAUACUGGUUCCCCUUCCAACUCUAAUGAUCAAAAGCGGCAACAGGCGUUCCAAACUGCAGAAAUGCUUGACGAAAACUUGAAUACACUUUCGGUUAAUUUAUCAUACCUAAUAUCUGAAAUAAAUGACGUUUCCGAGACAUUUAAUAAAGCUACAAACAUGAACAUCGCUAAUAAAGACGAACAUGCACAGCUUAUUAAAUUAUUGAAUUCGCACUUAGAUGCACUUAAGUCUUUGGAUAAUACUUCAACCACGCUGGAGAAUAGGUUAAAAUCCAUCCAUAAAUAA